UGUGACUUGGUGACUUGGACUCGAGUCGACUCGAGUCGCUAUUUUUAUGACUUGUGACUUGACUUGACAAAAAAUAAAAUACUUGAGACUUGACUCGGACUUGGAAGUUAAAGACUCGGGACUUGACUUGACUUGAGAGACGAAGACUUGAAUGACUUGAGUGUUAAUCACAUCAUGUUUUCAGUUUGAAUAUAAAAUAUAUAAAUUAUUUUAAAAAAUAAAGUUGAUCCAGCUGGAGCGCAGGCUGAGAAUAGUUUUGUCAUGACUGGAUCACGACACUAUAGGCUAUCAUCAGCCAUGCCCUCUCGUACCUUACGCACACCACGCCCACUUAGAUCAGAUAACACAUCAACAUGUCAGCUGGAGGGGUAACGUUACCGAGGGUCAUCGUUUUCGGCUUCAAAAAUGAUUAUCAAGAUGGUAAAAGACGAACAGCGCUUUGCAAGACAUGCAACGUUAAGAUCGCGGACAGCCAGACGACAACCUCCAAUUUCGUCCGCCAUUUGAAGAGCCAUUCUGCCCAUGGCCGACACUGCUGUUCACACAAUCCCUUCGUCUAAUCGCACAUGCAGGUGUGCCCAACUUUCAAACUCAGAAAUUAUUCCUUUUCAAUGCAGCUUUUGUGUGAGUUCAGGGGUGAAGAGCCUUGAAACCUUUUUUGUUCAGCUCCAUGGCUGAAAGAAAUCACAAAUUAAUCUCCAAACUCCUCCUCUCCCCUCUACUUCUCCAUUUCGGUCUCUUCACCCCUGCGUGUGUCUGUGGUCCUGCCCGGGCCCCCCUCCUUGCUGGUCAGCCAUUCCUGGUUCUGUGGGGGGUUCCGGAUAAAGACUGUUUAGGUCGGCCGGACCCAGCAGCAUUUGGGAUGGAGUGGGAAGGCCGUGUGGCAAUUUUUUACGAGGAUACAUUAGGACUCUACCCAUAUUUCACUGCACAUGAUUGCUCUGUCAAUGCUGGCCUACCGCAACACACCAGCCUUAGCCAGCACCUCCAGAGGGUGGAGGGGGAUUUGACAGCCACACUACCCCAGGCAGGAGCACCUGGGCUGGGGGUACUGCGCUGGGAUGAGUGGGCACCUCAAUGGAGCAGGAACAGGGGCAGUAAAGCAAAGUACCUUGUGGAGUCAAAGGCACUUCUCAGAGGUUUGUUUUCUGACUGGAGUGCAGAAGAGUUGGAGAAAUGGGCUCAGGUUGACUUUGAAGCAGCAGCACAGUCCAUAAUGAUGGAGACAUUGCGAGAGGUGAAGAGACUCCGCCCACAGAGAUUAUGGGGCAUGACCCCGUAUCCUAACUGCUAUAAUUAUGACUCCACCCAGAUGACAUUAGCCAAUUACACAGGACGAUGCCCUGCAGCAGAAAUGGCACUUAAUAAUGAGCUGAUGUGGCUGUGGAAGCGUAGUGGUGCCCUUUACCCAAUUCUCUCACUGGAGAAGCUGCCAGAAGGAACCAAAGGGUCAUGGCUUUAUGCAACCAAUCAGAUCAGAGAAGCAUUACGAGUGGCGGCUCUUGCAGGUACUGCCUGUGAUCUUCCUGUGUUUCCCUUGAUCAAGAUUGUGUACGCCUCUACUGACGCCUUUCUCACAGAGACUGACCUGGUGAAUACUAUCGGAGAGAGUGUUGCUUUGGGUGCAUCUGGAGUCAUUAUAUGGGAAAAAUCUUUAGCAGUUAAAACACAGAAAUCCUGCUCAGAGUUUGGCUCAUACGUCCGUGAAGUUCUCGGCCCUUAUGCUGUCAAUGUGACCACUGCAGCACGUCUUUGUGGAGUUUCACUGUGUCAGGGGCGUGGACGCUGUGUGCGUAAGAAACCAGAGGAUCCCACCUACCUGCAUCUUCCUUCAGGCCACUUCCUGCUUCUGCCAAAUGGGGCGGAAGGUGUCCGGGCCACGGGAGUGCUUCCCGCUGCUUAUGUAGACAUCUGGAAGAAGGAAUUCCGGUGCCAGUGGUUCGAGGCAUUGGAGGAUGCAGCAGCGGAUCAAGACUCAGGUGGUGUGGUGGAAAAUCGAAGAAAAAUAACAUCACCUACGGUAAAGACAGUAGUUGGGAUAAGCCAGAGUGAGAGUACAGUAGUUCCAGUGGUGCCAGAUCCAGUGAUGCCUACCAAGCAGACGAUAGACAGUGGAAGCUCUGCACUUAAUAUACCGGCCAUCCUUCUUUCCAUGCUGGUUCUUAUCAACUUCAUUAUGUUUGAUAUGUUGGGAGCUGGAGUAUAGUGGGAGAUUAUUUUGUAUCCCCAGUUGGCCUUGACUUUGGGUGAUGACUUGAUGCUAAUUGCUAAAUGUUUUUUUUUUUAAUUAUUAUUAUAAAAACCCAAAGAACUUCUCAAAGAAUGAGGCAACCUCAGAGACAAAGUUAACACAGGCUAAACAUGACUGAAAGAACUGAAUCAAGAUCUUGUCCAGAACUUGAACGUUGUUUGGUUUUCAGAGCAAAAUGAAUUAGCAACCUUCUAUGAGGUAUUGUAUAAAACAAAUAGGCCCAGUCAAAACACAGACUAGCUAAGUGCUGAAUAUAUAUAUAUAUUUUUUUUU